AUGACGCUGACCCUGCUCGUCUCCCUCUUCCUCCCGACGCCAACCUCCGCCGAGCCCGCCGCGACAAGAACCUGGGUCUCCGAACCAAACGGCCGCGGCACCUUCAGUCUUGUGAGCUCCUGCAUCCUGACGCUCACAAUCUGCGUCUGGACGGCGCUCCACCUCAACGUCCCCGCCGCGCGCUCCACGGCCCGGAGCCGGGCGCUCGAGCGGGCCAAGUGGGUCCUCUACGGCAUCUUCGCGCCGGAGAUUGUCGUCGCGACGGCGGCGGCGCAGUACAUCAUCGCGCGAUGGCUGAAGCGGGAGAUUGAGAAGGACGCUACGCACCGGGGAGAUGUCGAUGGGCUUUCGAGGCACAAGUGGGACAUGACGCAAUGCUUUUACGCCGUGAUGGGCGGGUUUGUGGUCGACAGACCGGCUUGUGGAGAGGAGAGCGGCGGCGAGAGGGUCACCCUCACGCCAGAGGGGAUUCGCCUCUUGUCGUUUCUGGGGAAGCUGCCCGAGAUUCACGAGUCCCAGAUACAGGAUAAGAGCAAGGCGGACUGGAUGGCCAAGUUGCUGGUUUGCAUCCAGGCGGGGUGGAUGGUUGCCCAGGUCGUUGGGCGCGUGAUUGAGCAGUUGCCUGUGUCGCUGUUGGAGAUAAAUACGUGUGGCCAUGUUGCGUGCGCGGUGCUGUUGUAUCUUCUUUGGUGGAGUAAACCUUUGGAUGUCCUUGACCCGACGGUUGUGGGUUUCUUGGAUUCGAUGUAA